AUCAGGUGUCCUGGCACUGGCCUCUUCUCCCUAUCCGGGUGCUGAGAAAGGCCUGUUUGUUUGCGAUUUGGGCCUGUGGCACCAAAGAGACAAUGAGUGCAGUCUUUGUAAGGACAGGGAGGGAGAGCUGAGGGUUCGGGAUCAGGGGGUGUGGAACACCAGGGUCCUUAUCUCCUCCGUCUUCAUGAGCACCCAUCACCGGAAACACAGAUGUGCCUCAGGCCACCUCCAUGGGACGGCCCAGACGGGAGUGGCACUUGGUGAUGCCAGGAUGUUAGAAGAGACAUCACUCAAAGCCAGUUACCAUGGAAACACCAGAGUAGGCCCCAGAGGAAGUGAUGAAGACAGAGAAGAGAAGCAAACAUGUGUCGAUAUGAACCCCCAAAGUGGUCUCUACCUACAGUCCUCUGAGACCUGCUUUCCCACGAGAAGCUCUCAACUGCAUGAUGAUUUGAAUGAGCUCUCUGAUGAGUGGUCGUCCAUUGGAGACUUGAGCCAAGAUGCUUCCUUCUCCCUCGAGGGCUGCGUCAAGUUGGAGAAGAGGUGGAUGCUGUGGUAUGAAUUCAAGAAAGAACUCUCCUGUUUAGAUGACUGGCUUCGAUCAGCUGAGAAAAUAGCAGCUUCCCCGAAUUCCAGCCAUGUGCUGUAUGUUACAGCAAAAGAGGAGUUACAAAAGUAUGAGAACCUCCGUGCUGAGGCCAGGAUACGUUUAACCCAGCUGGACGGACUGACCAAACUCUGUCAAACUCUGGUCGGCCUGUUCAGAGGUGCUAUGGGCGCGCGGCUCGUAGAAAUGACGAAGGACUGCGGACAGCGCUGGGAUCAGCUCAGCAACACUGUGGAGACAGUGUGCCGCAGGUUGAAGGUAUAUAAAGACCCUCAAGCUGCUCAAAGGUGUCAUCUUUUAACCCUAUUGUGCUGUUGGGAAAAUUUUAAUGGGUUUCAAGAGGCAGUUGGAGAGAGUGCAGGUCGACUAAACGAUUUGCUUCAGCAUGGAGAAGAGCUGAUCCAAAGAAGCGAGCCGGGUGAUGCCCAGGUCAUCGAGAACCAGCUGCAGGAACUCCUGCUCCACUGUACCCGUGUCUUUCAGGGCCUGGGCCGUCUACAUACGCGCUUGCUCAGCAUGAGACUGGUUUUUGAAGAGGACUGGGCUCUGUGUGCUCCUGACUCUGGCUGUCCGUCUGAGAGUAUGCUGGAGGAUGAGUGCAUGGCGCCUCAGUCUCAGGCCGGUCUUCCUCAGUCCAGUCAAGAUCACCUGGUUCUGGAGUGGGACCCUUCAGUGGACAUUGGUGGUUCAAUCUCCCAUGAUGACACGGACUCGUCCUCCUUCAGUGCAGCUGCAGGUGUGCUUUGCACAGGUGAACCAGCCAAAUAUCCUCUGAGGAGGAGAGUCUACAUGAGUCCUGUGGACUCGCAACCAGACAAUGCUGCUGUCAGCGUAAAGCAGCCAGGCAUCAAGAAGAGCUUAGAGUAUGCGGCCCCACCCCAGACGCCAGUGCCAGUCAUCAGAGCUGGCGAGCCUCAGUACGCCGGACCAUUUAAGACUUCCACACCUGAAACUAGGUCUCCUGAGCCUGUGACCUUCGACCCUGAGCGCAUCAGCGCUUGGCUGGGCCAGACGCAUCAACUUUGUUCUAAAGCCGUCCAGACGGAGCAUGAUCCACAGGAGGAGGGAGUUGAGUAUCAAGAGGAUGUGCUCCCCCAGAGACGCCCCCACCCACAGCGAGCUCCGCACACGUGCUCCACCCCCCGCCCAUCCCCGUCAUGUGACCUCCAGCAUCACUCUUACCAACGUGACGAAGACCCACAGAGGCAGCAGGAGAGACUUUGUUUCCCUGACUCUUUGGAGGACAACACCCGUGCAAAGUCGAGUUGUGACCUGUGUGGACCGAAGGCUUCUGGUAGCAGCUUAAGGCACAGUGUCACCUGGCUUUUGGGGCCCCUGAGGUUUUUCAAUGUACGAAAGGCCUCAGCACCACUGCUUGUUCUCCUAUUUGCCCUCCUGCUUGCUGUGGUGAUCUGGCCUCUCAUCUUGCUCCACGAUACCUCGUGCCAUCGGUCCAAUACCCUGACCCGCUCAUUUCACCUGGGCCUACGUUACAAAGGACCCCCUCCCACCUGAGGAAGCAAGAAGUAACGGCAAACAGUUUAGUAAGCACACAUGGAAUUGUUUUCAAGGUUUCUCGUAACAUUUCUAUGAAAGCAUGUGUCACCUAAUAUAACAAGUGCACUUAAUUCUACUCUGACACCAACUUUCUCACAAUAUCAGAGUGAAUCGUAUAAAACUGAAAUGAGUUGACAGCUCUGGAAGCAUCUCUAUUUAAAACUGCCUUGUUGAGCAUGUUUACUUGAAUUUUCGACUGACAGAUUAAGGAUUUUUUGGCCAACCAAUUAUUUAUAGGUUUGUUAAAUUUAAAAGCAGAUUGUUUAUGAAUGAAAGGUGUGUGUGUGUGUGUGUGUGUGUGUGUGUGUGUGUGUGUGUGCAGGCUUUAAGAUUUUGUUUGUUUGUUUAAAAAAUAUUGCUGCAAAUUUUGUAGAGUUAAAAAUAAUUUUGGACUGAGAGAGAAUACACAUGAACAUUUCAUACUGUGUCGCAAUAUUUGAUCAAGAACCACUGUAUUGUAUACUGUAAUCACUGUAACUUUUUUUUUUUAAAGAAAGGGCAUUCUGCACUGUAUUUAAUAGAUUGCAUCAGUCCAAUGAAGAAGACACACAAGCGAGCUUUAAAGCAAAUCAUUGUGCUCAUCAAGGAACGGUUUUGCACUGUUAUCCACUUUUUAUGACUUGUAAAAUAAAAGAGAUGAGUGAAAACAA